GUGCGUAUCAGGGAGGCGACGGGGCUGCCUGUCAACCUGUCCAACUUCGUCUUCUGCCAGUACACCUUCUGGGAGGGGGCGGAGCCUACGGUGGCCCCGCCCAUGGUCAGCCCAGACACGCCAACCACGCCCCGCAGCCCCGACGCCCAGUUCACCGUCCGCUUCGACCACUGCAAGGUAGGGAACGUAGGGUUACAACAUUAUGGUGACUUUCCUCAACUUCCCAGGUUUCCAGAAAUCCCCAUUGGAGGAAUCUGGAUCUCCUCCGACUGGACACUGCUGGCCAAGACACGCACCCUACGAGACAGGUGGAGUGAGGUGUCUCUUCGUAUUGAGCUGUGGGUUUCUAUCCAGGAGCUGAAUGAGCAGGGGGACUACUCUGAUGUAGAGAUGCAUCCUGGGAAGGACAUCGGUACUGGAGGAGUGUUCCAGCUCAGACAGGGUCACUCGCGCAGGCUGCAGGUGUGUGUGAAGCAGGUGCAGGACUCUGGGACUCUGCCUCUGCUGGUGGAGGCUGUUCUAUCUGUCUCUAUCGGCUGUGUGUCAGCACGCUCCACCAAGCUACAGAGAGCCCUGGACAGCUACCAGAGGGAGGAGGAGGAUGGAGAUAUGGAUAGUUAUCAGGAGGAGGACCUGAACUGUGUGAGGGACCGCUGGUCUGAGGCCCUCAUCAAACGACGAGAGUAUCUGGACGAGCAGAUCAACAAGAUCAUCAACAAACAGGAGAAGUCAGAAGAGGACAUGGAGAGGGAGGCCAGGCUGGUGGAACAGUGGGUAGGGCUGACAGAGGAAAGGAACGCUGUACUGGUGCCCGCGCCUGGCAGUGGCAUACCUGGUGCCCCUGCCCACUGGGCCCCCUCUGCUGGGAUGGAAGCUCACGUCCCAGUCCUCUUCCUGGACUUGAAUGCAGACGACCUGACAGUGACUCAACAGUUAACGGGACCCAACGCUGCCGGGGUUAACUCUAUCCUGCCCAAGGAGCACGGCAGCCAGUUUUUCUACCUGCCAAUCAUCAGACACAGUGAUGACGAGGUGUCAGCGCUGUGCUCCUGGGACUCAUCCAUCCACGACUCUGUGCACCUGAACCGCGUGACGUCACCCAACGAGCGUAUCUACGUGAUCAUUAGAGCCACAGUGCAGCUCAGCCAUCCUGUCUCCAUGGAGCUGGUGCUGCGCAAGAGGAUCUCUGUCAACAUCUACAACAAACAGAGCUUCACCCAGAGUCUGAAGAGAAGGAUGUCCUUGAAGAACACACUGUACUCCUGUGGAGUCACCUAUGAGAUUCUGUCAAAUAUACCAAAGGCGUCUGAGGAGCCUGAGGAGAGAGAGACUCUGGCCCUGAUGGCAGCGAGGGGAGACGGUGAGGAGAGUCAGGAUGGACAGACCUACAUAGAGCAAUACACCAGAGGACUUCUGGAGGUGGAGAAUAUACUGAGCCUGGAGAGACUCAGACAGGCGGUGACGGUGAAGGAAGCUCUGUCUGUUAAAGGGAGAAACAUCAGAAGGAGCUUCAGCACCCCCAACGUACAGCAUACUUCCUGCAGCAAAACAGACCUGAUUGGCUGGGAGGAUGUAGACUGGAAGGACCAUUGUGACCUUCAUCAGGAUGUCUCUGACUGCACUCCCCAGGACGGUGGUUCUCUGUGUGGGACGCCACUCAGAAACAAGACAGAGAAUCACGGUCUGGUACCAGAGAGCCCCACCUUCUUCAACUCCAGCCCGUUCAAGGCCCUCUCUCCCCAGACGCCCAAGUUCCUCAAGUCUCUGCUGCCGGUCAGAGAGGAGAGCAAGACCAAGAGAGUCCUGGAGGCACGACCACUACUGGGACAGGAGAGCAUGCGCUCCUCAUGUGUGGACAGCUCUGUGCUGCUCCCCCCUCCCUGCCACGGCCAAGCCCCCUGGCGCAGGCCCAGAGCGGGCAGCGAGGGCCACCGCAGCCCCUCCACCGCCACCCUCACCCCCUCCACCCUCACCCUCAGUACCUGCACCAGCAGGAAGCUCAGCCUCACACUGCCACACACUGCUGACUCUGAGGAGGAGACAGACAUGGCCCUGAGUUUGGGUCUGGGCCCUCAGGACUUCCACAGCUUCCAGUCCUACAUCCCAGAGGACUUUGCCAACUUUGAGGUGUACAACGCUGCCCUGGAGAGCGGGGAGGGGGGGGCGGGGGCAGGGGAGCUGAGGGGGGGUCGGGGAGGGGGGGAAAGAGAGGGGGCUCCCCGGAGCCCCACCGCCAGCAGCUGCACCAGCGGUUACUUCUCCCACAGUGCCUCGGACGCCACGCUCUCUGACGUGCCAUUCGGGGCCAGCGACAGCUCCGACCAGCUCAGCGCCUCCGCAGUGGCUCAAGACAGAAAUGACCCUGACCGGGAAACCCACAACCUCCACCCCCACGAGUCCCCCUCCUUCCACUGCACCAGCACGGCCCGAGGCUGUGUCCAGACCAGAAGUGUCUCGCCGUGGGGUGACACCCAGACCCCUGCGUGUCCCCCCGGCGUCCCCUCCCAGCCCCUCCCCACCCCCCAAACCACCACCUCCCCCUCCUCCCCUGUCAGUAUUCCUAACUGCUCAGAGCAGCCACCCUCCCCGCGGCCCCGCAGGUGUGUCCUCAGCGUCAGCCAGGAGUUUACAGACUUCAAGGGGGCCGACGACGGCAUGGAGGAUCUGGGUGAGCUGGGACACUUCCAGCCUGGGGAUGCACCACACAUAUCCCCUGUCCCAGCGGAGGAGGAGAAAGGGGGCUCUGACAGCAGGCACCAGACCUCUGACAAAGACCUGGUCGUCAUCAACACACAACAACAACAACAUACAUCUCACCCUGGUAACGCCCGGCUCCCUCAGCCCCACUCACACCUCCACAACGGCAAACAGUGUAUCGGCAGCGUAGCCGUGCCCUGCCCACCACCCUCCAGCCCGCCAGGCCAGCUAGCAGGAGGAGAGCCCCAGAUCCAGGAGCCAAUCCAGGGAGACCUCCCUCCAGGGAGCCCCUGUUCCAGCCCAAGCUGCCCUAGCCCCAACCCCAGCAGCACUGAGGCCUCUGGGGACUCCUGCAGCGGGGACGAGGGCUCUGGUUCUCCGGUGGCCCAGCUGCCUGACUGGAUGGCUCCCGGGGAGCAGGUAUGGGUGGGGAAGAGGAGCGGCACGGUGCACUACGUCGGCGGGGUGGAGUUCGCCAAGGGGAUCUGGGUCGGGGUGCAGCUGGACCUGGCUGUGGGCAAGCACAACGGGACAGUCCAGGGGAGGGUUUACUUCCGCUGUCCUCCAGGCCACGGGGUGUUCGUCAAGCCCUCCUGUCUCACUAGAGGACCCCCCUCCUUGGACACCACAGACACCCAGCCUCUGGUCCGAUAAAAUUCACUAAACUCCCCAAAUUCCCAGGAAUCCCGGUUGGAAUAUUCCCAGAAUCAGGAGGGAAUAAGAAGGAACUCCAGAAUCCUCAAACCAGCAUUUCUGGAAAACCUGGGAAUUUGGGGAAAGGAACUUUCCACCCAAGACUAUCAUCUAAAGGGGGGUACCCAAGUCCAGAGCAGUUUCUACUAGACCAGGCCCAGAUCCAGAGCAGUUUCUACUAGACCAGGGCCAGAACAGUUCCUACUAGACCAGGGCCAGAACAGUUCCUACUAGACCAGGGCCAGAACAGUUCCUACUAGACCAGGGCCAGAACAGUUCCUACUAGACCAGGGCCAGAACAGUUCCUACUAGACCAGGGCCAGAACAGUUCCUACUAGACCAGGGCCAGAUCCAGAACAGUUCCUACUAGACCAGGGCCAGAACAGUUCCUACUAGACCAGGGCCAGAACAGUUCCUACUAGACCAGGGCCAGAUCCAGAACAGUUCCUACUAGACCAGGGCCAGAUCCAGAACAGUUUCUACUAGACCAGGGCCAGAUCCAGAACAGUUUACUAGACCAGGGCCAGAUCCAGAACAGUUCCUACUAGACCAGGGCCAGAUCCAGAACAGUUCCUACUAGACCAGGGCCAGAUCCAGAACAGUUCCUACUAGACCAGGGGCAGAACAGUUCCUACUAGACCAGGGGCAGAACAGUUCCUACUAGACCAGGGCCAGAACAGUUCCUACUAGACCAGGGCCAGAACAGUUCCUACUAGACCAGGGCCAGAACAGUUCCUACUAGACCAGGGCCAGAACAGUUUCUACUAGACCAGGGCCAGAUCCAGAUCAGUUCCUACUAGACCAGGGCCAGAUCCAGAACA